ACCCAGCCGCCCCUCCGCUAGCACCCAACAGCCAGCUGCUCGGGCUGCUGCCGCUCGCCUGCUCCCAAUCCCAGCGACCCAGCCUCCCAGAGUCCAUGAUUCCCCAGCAGUCAGCAUCCAGCCAGCAAGCAGCACUCACUGCACGUCAAGGCGGCCAGCGGUGAGGGGCGCGACUACCGACUACGAGGCCGCGAACACGACUGCCGACCGCGAGGCAGCGAGCGCGACUGUGGCACUGCGCUGCGCGAGGCCGCGACCCUCGGGCCCCAGCAGGCCGGCACCCCGCGACCGCGAGUCUGCGAUUUAGGCUGCGCGGUGCGGCCACAUGCUCCUGGAGUUCUGGUCACCAUUGGAUACAAGUGAACGGCCAGAUAUCGAGCGACUGCAGAGAUAAGUCGUGGUGGCCACUGCAGACGAUCUGGUGUUGGGGUUGCGGCGGCGCCGACGAGACGGAACACCACCGAGCGCAAUGGCGAGCUCCGCGCUGAGACGGUCUAUCCCGCGGCGUACCUCGCUCCGCCACUCCGUUCCUCCCCACCUGCCGCCCGCAGCUGCCGGCGCCUUCCGUCGUUCGUUCCAGUCUGGGGAUGGUGGGGAGACCGUGGAGGAAUUCGAUGAACGGCUGUUUGGGAGCAAGGGCACAGAAGAAGGGUCUCUCUAUGCGAAGCUUGACAGGGCUGAGAAUGCUAGUAGGAGAUACGGCAUGGGCUCUGGAAUGGGUGGUUUCGCUGGGUUGGGUGAUAGGAGGAGCUCUGGGUCAUCCAUGGGUCGUUUCCCUGGGUUCAAUGACAGGAGCGGCUCUGGGUCAGCCAUGGGUGGUUUUGGUGCGCUUAGCGACAAGAGCAGCUCAGGGUUCAUUGGUUUAUAUGAUUCUUCGAAUGAUAGUAUAAAUCAGACGCUGGGUAAUGUGGCACGCUUCCAAACAGAUGAUGACAGCAGCGAAGAUGAUCAGUGGGAAGAGGAUGAUUUUGACUUCAGGCCUGAUGUGACGUAUAGGCGAGGAUCGACUUAUUCUGUUCGGGACCUUGACCUUACAAGACCUGCAGCCGCAAAGAAUCCUCCUAGACCACAGUUUGAAACAACUACAGCGGAGGUUUUGAGGAAGGCUGAUUUUAGGAACGUUAGAUUCCUCUCCCACUUUCUUACGGAAGCUGGAAUUAUCAUCAAGAGAAGCCAGACCCGUAUAAGUGCAAAAGCUCAGCGUAAGAUUGCAAGAGAGAUCAAAACCGCGCGUGCAUUUGGGCUAAUGCCUUUUACAACAAUGGGUAGAAGACCAUUCAUCUUUGGCAGAAGUGCGGAGGAGCACUAUUCAGAGGAGGAAUAUUUCGGCUUUGGGAGGCAGAGGGAUAGUGAGCCUGUUGAGGAUAAUGGGGACGAGGAGCCAAAUGUGGAGGUUGCAUAACAUUCUGGAGUAUCCUUUUCCAAGUGUUCGUGUUCUUCUGCCGGCCUCAUUCAACAUAAUGCUCCUUUUUCGUCUUCAGAGCAUAGCGUAGCUCAGCUUAAAUAAAACUGUAACAUCGCACUUAUUCUGUACACUUGUGUCUUGCUCACCUGUGCCAUCAUAGCAAAAUAUCCCCAGCUUGAUAUCCUCCUGGUUGGAGACCAUAUAUGCAAUAUGAAAUGGAACAUGGGAUCAGUGCUUUCCUGUGCGCUGGGAAACUUGAGGUAGUUGUACUGAUUUCAAUUUUCUGUUGGAUAUUGGUUGGGCUGAUGCCACCGACAGAUCAUGAAUUCAUGUGCUGGUCGUUGACAGCUUCAUUUUUCUA